GAUAUUUCAUGCAUAACGAUUCACUGUCUCCUGUCCCUUCAGAACGACUUCUUGGACCUGGAUACGGACAAGGUGUAUGGCCUUUACGUGAACGUUUGGCACUUGCUACUGCUCUUUUAGAUGUAGAUAACCAGCAAGGAAGUUGGGCUGCCACUAGUCGUCGUAUGAUGUGUUUUUCCAGACCAGGUCGACCAUCUACAUGGUGUUCAUCUAAAGCUUGUGCCAAACAAUAUGCUCUGCUUCUGGAUUCCAUUGAGUUAGUUAAACGCCAAAAAAUGCCUGGAAGUGAUUCACAAUCAAGUCAGUUGAGUUUAGCUGAACGCGUUGUGAAGCGUUUGAGUGCUGAACGUGCAGAAGAGUUGAGAUCGCGAAUACGAUGUGGUCAGCGUUACUACAGUUCGUUAAAAGGCAUCAUAUCCGAUGUGGAAUCUGGAAUGUAUGAUAAUCAGUUGACGAACUUAUUAAAAUUAAUGAAUCCAAUCCCAGAUUUUAAAAUGCAAUCAGAAAUUAUUGACGGUGAAUUUGUCCAAACAGCCACACCUCCAAAUAAUGAUUUUUUUCAUCAACAGACUUUUGCUGAAAAUGAUGCAAUCAGUGGCCUACAAACUAAACAACCUAAUAAAUGUUCCAACAAAUUAAUUACAGAAAAUAAUCCUGCUAAUAAUAAACAAAGUCUUAUUGAACUUUGGAAAGAGAUCCAGGAAUUUUAUCAUAUUCCUGAUUCAACAUGGUAUUGUGCUCCUGGUCCAAUAAAUAAUCGAAAUUUUACAGGAGGAUAUGGGAGUGUCACGAACAGAUCUCGUCCGUCUGGUGUAGGUUCGCUUAAUUUUUCCCGUUUAUCAACUUUAUUGGCAGAAGCAUCCUCUCCAGCUCUAAAGCCUGCUACACAGUUCAGAAAUUCGACGAAUAAAGCUUCAAGUUAUAAAUCUAGUUCACAUGAAAUCGGCCACACAACAGCUGUAUCUCGUGCUGCUGAAGCAGCUAAACAAAGAUAUUUAUCGAAGACAAGCAAACACAAAUUAUCAUCUGUUACGAGUCAACCCGCUCGAAUUAACAAAUCCAGUAAGCAAGACAAUAUAUCGAAACAAUGGCCUAAAAAAAUUUCACGCAAUAAUAAAUAUGAUUAUGUUACUACAGCCUCUUCCACUUCUAAAGAAGAUCAUGUAAAUCAAAAUAUCACUCGAAAAUCACAGCCGUCGGAUUGUAGACUAUCUCACCAGAAAAUCCAUAGUAGUAUCUACAAAAAGUCUGAAUCUGAGAAACAAGAACUUUCCGACAGUGAAACGGAACAAGAAGAUGAAGAUUCUACGUUUGACGAAUCGUCAACAGAUAAACAAACUGAUUCACCUUCAUCAACGCCAUCAACUGUUGCAAUGUGUAUGUCUGAUGUAGAGGAUUUUUUAAUUCGGGAUGAUGAAAAAUCAGAGAAAACUAUUCCCAACGAUGAUAAUGCAACCAACUCUACUUUAGACAUCGAUAGACCUGCCACAACAAUACCUGAUGAAGAUGGGAUUGAUGGUUAUAAUUCUGAAAGUGAAAAGUUCACUUUAUCAUCUGAUACCGUUUCUUCUUUGUCUACAGAAGCUGUAGGUGAGACAGACUAUCAGGUUGAAGAAAAAAAUUCUAUUUGUUCUAGUCCUCCUACAUUUGUAAAUACAACUAAUGUGCCUGAAAUUGUAACCGAGGUAGAACUAAAACUUGAUAAUUUGAAUCAGAAGUCACCUGUAGGCAAAGUUUUUGCUAUUUCAAACGAGAGUUUACUUUCUGGUAGUAAGUUAGACGAAACCAAUGAUAAUUCUGAAAACGAAACAGAAGUACGAACUAUUACCGACCUUCAUUGUUCCCUUGCGUCGCCUGUUAAUAUUCAGAUUCCAGUGGAGAAUAUAACCAUUUUGGAGUCGAAAGAUUUUAUGAAUGUGGACAGUAAAGUGGCUCAUGAAGUUGUUAACAUUCCUCAUGUCACAGAAUCUUCCAACGUUGGACCAUCCACAUCUAACCUCGAAAAUGGCGUAGAUAAAAAACUUGGUCUUUCUUCAAAUUUUACAUCAAAACGAAAAGAAUUUAGCAAGUCAAUUUCGAAAAAGGCUCCUGCUUACUCAAUUUUACCUUUUCUUAUCAAAACAGAAAGUAAUAAGAGUUCCCAGAUUAUUACUUCCGAUGAAAAACAUGAUAUGAAGGUUAAAACUAAUGAGAAAUUGGAUCUGAAUGCGCGUGAAAAUAUGAUCAGCGAGUGCAAUACGGAUCAGUUAAAUACUCCUGUUGUGGGUUCAAGCACUCCUAUUCAUUCAAAUAAUGAAUCUGUUCAGUUAAACAAUUCAUCUAUUUCAUUGGGUUCUAAAAACCACAGUCUUCGACUUCGACUUAGUCGACAAGGGAGUCAACUCAUUGUUCUACCUCCGUCUGACUCAAUUGAUAGCUCAUUUCAAGGUUUAAAUACAUCGCAAAAGGAAGCAGCUUUCGAUAACGAAUGUCAUGAUACUAAUUGGUAUUCUUGGGCUAAUCAUUUGUUAUCUAAUGGUGAGCGGAUUAUAAGCGCAUGGAUGUCAAACGAUGAAUCUAUGAUACUUUCUCCUCGCUUAAAAAAUAAUACUUCACCCUCCGAUUUGAAGGAACUGGUUCAUGAAUUAUUAGAUCCUAUCAUUAAUGACUUAAAUAAUGAGUUAAUUAAAUCCAAGUUACAAUUUAUUCAUAGAUUGUUAAGUAUACUUGCUCAUACCGUCAUGACUCGGGGAAGUAAUACUAUUCGAAAUUUCAUAGCUAUGGAGCUAUACAAUCAAUGGUCUGAACAGCUGCAAACAAAUAUAUCAGAACCUGAUUUCUCCUCAACCCCCUAUUGUUCUAAUUCGAAAACACCUCCAUCUUGGUCAAUCGAAACAGAAGAUAAUUCAUUGUAUACCUGUAGAGAUCCGCCUACACUGACACUUGCAUCUUCAUCAUUCAAUUCAUUAUCGUCUAGAAAAUCCAGUGAUACUGUGAAAUCUAUUCCGCCAAUUCUACUGGAAGUUCGUAGUAUGAAUACUCCAACAGAAAGUGAUAGAUGAAAACGGAGCCAUUCGAGUGUUGAAGACAAUAAUGAUGAUUUAGAUAUUUAAAUUUAGUUCUGUAUAUGUUAUAUCUCUCAACAUAUUUAAUAAUACUUUAGCAUGAUAUCUACGUGACUUAAUUUUGUUUUGUACAAUUUUUCCCAUGGAGCGUAAAGCUUUAUUCGAAUUUAUAUUACUUUCUCUUAUAGAUGAUGACAUUAUAUGCAUUUUUAUCUCAAUAUACAAUAGUUCUUUAUUUGCAUACGGAAAUCAGAUGUUAUGUAA